AUAUAUCUACGAGUUGCUUGUGUUUGAUAGCGAUGCGCGUGUUUCUACAGCAACGGAGCCAUGAGGAUUAGCCGGUGAUGGUCCGGUCUUCGGGUUGGUCGUGUCACUGGGGCGGUUUCCCUGCCGUUGAUAUGCUUUUCUCGUAGCUAUGUCUUGAAGCAUUCGGUGUUUUGUGCUGCCAUCCAUCGAGAGUUUGAGAAACUCAAUUGUUAUUGCUUGUCAGCGUAUCCGAACUUUGAUAAAGCGCGCAUGAGGCAUCUGGAUAUGCCGUCCCAGUAACAUCCUUGGGAGUAGUAUCUCAAACUCAGCAUCCCAACAGUUAAACACUGCUACAAUUUAUUGUUGUUAGGAUUGUAGCCGUUGAGCACGACGUGAGAAUGAUACUUCUCAUCUGAGGAUAUCAACACAACACCACCGUAUCACUCCUACUUUGCCUUCACGAAUCGCCCGCAAAGGUGCCGUCGUCGCCGCCAUCUCCACCAAAAUCUCCACCAGUGUCUCCGCUGAAAGUGUACGUGUUGUUGGAAACGCCACCCACAUCGCCACUGUAUCCACUGUAGUUGUUGCUGUUAUUGUGGCCACCGUACAUGGAGCCCAAUGCGGCUCCGACGCCCAGGCCUCCCAGCGCUCCGAGUGCACCCGCUGCCAUCGUGUUACCACCGCCACCACUCUCGUGGUACGGAGACGAUUCAUACGCCACGGGCGCCGACGCGUAGGCAUAAGGAGCCUGCUGUUGUUGGCCCGGGUAAGUGCCGUAUUGGCUGGUAGCAACUGGCUGCGCGUACACAUACUGUUCCUCUCUCUCCUGCUGCGCACGACGCGCCGGAAGGUAGCAACAGCACACGCAGCAUAGCAGCAGCAAUGCGAAGAAGAUGAAGGUACCAGAUACACCGCCCGAGUGUGAGCUCGGAUGGUAGUCAUCGCCUCCGUAGUGAUAGGUGGGAACCACACGGCGGCAGCGGCAUUCGUACGGACUGGCGGCGCACUGUGCGUCCCUUGGACAGCAGCACGGCGCACCCGACGCCAUACCGAUGCAGAACUGGCCUGGUUGGCCACGGAACGCAUGGUCGCACUGACCGGUUUGUUGGCAGAGGCCGCAACCCGACAAGGCGGCGGACAGCGUCGCAUUCUCCACGAACUCUUCGAACUGCUGGCCAGACCUCAACAAAGCAGCAUCGCUAUCGCCAGUGGGAGCCAAUGCGGGGGAUUCCUCAGCGCAGACGCCCAGUGUCGAAAGCAACAGCAGCGCGAGCCACAAGAAGCGUUGCAUGUUGAAAAGAUUGAUGUGGAAAAAAUGUCACUAUAAAUGGAUAUCGAGGGACUCAGUUGAGUAUCAUUUGUGUCUGCCACAUAACGGAGCCAUCGGCCAGCCAAACUCAAUUUUGCCAAUCAAGAUGAGCCGCAUCUUCGUGGGACUCGAGACGUCUUUCGUCCAUGACCUCCCAGCGACGCUCGACAAGGUCUUCGAGGACAAGAUGAAUGGCAUCGUGGCGCCGCUCUUCCAUCCUCGCUUCAAGCGCGAUGACCAGGAGGUCUCAGACACUCGGGACGGUUCGCAGGCUCGCUCGGAUCUGGUCAUGGACUCGCGCGGGUGGACUGCAUCAGUGGUGGGCAAUAUUUCCAAGUGGAUGGACCUGGAUGCUGCCACACUGGACGCUCGUCUGAGUGCAGAGAAGGUCUUUAAGCAGGAAGUAGCCUGGGCUUCGCAUCUAUCUGUACCGGCCGUAAUGCUGCCGGCGCCGCGCCACGCUCACGCCUCCGCCAACUACGCGCGUGUACUCAACCAGUCGCUCACACAGGCGCAGUAUCUCCAGUUUUGGGUGCGCAUACCGUUAACGUCGAGAUAUCAGUCGGACGCCAAGGCACCAAUGGAGCUCGAUCCAGUGACUGGACUUCGUGGAGCUGCCAUGAUGGAGACUGACGAAGAGGACGAGGAAGCCUCGGACCCGUGGGAGACGUGGGAUGCACUACGAACUCGCUGCGAGUAUCAUUCGAAGCUGCACGUGGCGCUGGAAAUCACAGCUGAUCUGCCUAGCACCGAGGAGAUCCAACGCUGGCUAGGCGAACCUGUUAAGGCGGCUAUUAUCCCGACGGAUAUCUUCCUGACGAACCGCAAGGGUUAUCCGGCUCUGUCCCAACGACACCAGAAACUGAUGGCACAGCUUUUCCAGCACAAUAUCCAGUUCUACCUCCGUGGACGACCACGUCACCGUGGGAAGCUAUUGCCGUAUGUACAGUAUCUGCAUUUCCUGUACAGUAAACGACCGAGUCAGGACCGUAAGGCGCAAUUUGAGGCGCCGUAUCUAGACUACCUCCAGGCCCCACUGCAGCCUCUCAUGGACAAUCUGGAGUCGCAGACGUACGAAACGUUCGAGCAGGACGCCUUCAAGUACAACCAGUAUGAAAAGGCUAUCACCCAGGCAUUGGAACAGACCCCAGAAGAUAAAGAGUCUGUUGUGAUGGUUGUUGGCGCCGGUCGUGGCCCCCUCGUACGCUGUGCUCUUCGCGCCGCUACUGUGGCUAACCGCAAGACCAGGAUGUUCGCUGUCGAGAAGAACCCGAACGCAGUCAUCACUCUGCGUAACCUCAAGAUCUCGGAGAAAUGGGACAACGUCACGAUCAUCGCGUCAGACAUGCGUAGCUGGCGCACAAAGGAGCGUGCUGACAUCAUGGUGAGCGAACUUCUGGGAUCUUUUGGCGACAAUGAGCUGUCCCCUGAGUGCCUGGAUGGCGCGCAAGACUUCUUGCAUGAAAAUGGUAUCAGUAUUCCGUGCGAGUACACGUCGUUUGUGGCACCGGUUAUGUCUUCAAAGCUUUGGAACGAAGUGAAGGUGCACGACUCGCUUAAGAGCUUCGAGACGCCGUAUGUAGUGCGACUACACAACUUUUACGCACUGGCACCAACGCAGAAAUGCUUCCGCUUCACUCACCCGAAGUUUAACUCGCGGAUCGACAACAGGAGACAAGCAGAGCUUCGCUUUACCGCAGCUGAGAGCGCUGUUGUACAUGGUUUGGCGGGUUACUUCGAUGCCGUGCUGUUCGGUGAUGUGACGCUGAGUAUCGAACCGGACACCCACUCGGACGGCAUGUUCAGUUGGUUCCCCAUUUACUUCCCGUUGCGCCAACCACUGCGCUUCCAUAAGGGUGAGGAGGUCGUGGUGAACUUCUGGAGACUCGAGAACAACAACCGCGUAUGGUACGAAUGGUCUGCGUCUUCGGGUGAUGGCAAAUGCCACGUCCCGAUUCACAAUCCCAAUGGACGGUCCUACUGGAUCGGACUGUAGGAAUGUCAUCAAGACGCAUUAUUAGUUAGCUAGCUGGGUUUUGAGCUACCAAAAGCUAACUAAGUGAAUGAAGUCGUGUCUAGAGCUCGUCACGGGUCUCUGAUUUCUUCACUGUAUGGACGACCGUGUCUCUGGUACUGCUGUCUUCAUCUUCUUGGACAUUUUCGUCGGGAUGAGCGACUUUGUCCCAGUCGUGCAAGCUCCCGCCAACAACAUUGAGAAAUAGGUUCUUGAGUGCUUCCUCUACUUCGUUAUCUCCUCCAAAUCCACGUAUCUGAUAGAGGAGCUGGGCAAGAGUUUUGCUGCAUCGUUUCACUCGCUUUGGCCAGGCCGAACGGGUUGAGUACUUUUCAAGCAACUCCCAUGCGUCGGCGAUA